CAAAUUACUCGGCCACAUAACUUAUUUGGACUGGGUGGCCAUUCUGGUGACAAUUUUAUCCUGUGCUUCUAUGACCAUGGAGACCCCAUACCAUCGUUUGAUGAACUCCCCAAACGUCCAGAUAUGUGAAUAUAUUUUCUUUGUGGCAAUGACGCUCGAGAUGGCUUUGAAGAUAUUUGCUAGAGGGUUAAUGUUUACCCCGAAUGCGUUAUUGAAAGAUUUCGGUGGAUUUCUUGAUUUCUUUAAUUACCUCAUUAGCCUGGUUUUCGUCGUCUAUAUGAUGCGUGUAGAGACCAUCGGGCCUGAAUCUGGCGAGCAUAUCCUUAUGGUACUUCGAUGUCUGCGCCCGCUGCGGAUUUUCUGUUUGGUCCCGCAAAUGCGACGUGUGGUUUACGAGUUGGUCCGAGGAUUCCGCGAGAUCCUCAUGGUAUCUGUCCUGUUGGUCGUGUUCAUGUUCACUUUUGCAGUCUAUGGGGUGCACCUGUUCGGUGGGCGUUUGGCUAUUUGUAACGACAGGUCAAUCAUUGUUAAAGAACAAUGCGUUGGGAGAUUCAAACGUGAGCUGGCUGCUACAAAACUAAAAAGUGUGACGGGUGAAGGACCGAAGUUGUUGGUACCUCGUGUUUGGGCCAACCCGCGCAACUUCAAUUUUGACAAUAUUGGUAAUGCAAUGUUGGCUUUGUUCGAAGUCUUGUCUUUGGAAGGCUGGGUUGAAAUCCGUGAUGUUAUCCAGGAGCGAAUCGGACCGCGUCACACGAUUUACAUCCAUCUGUUUGUAUUUAUCGGAUGUCUCAUUGGACUCACUUUGUUCGUCGGGGUGGUGGUCGCAAAUUACAGCGAGAAUAAAGGAACUGCACUGCUUACUGUGGACCAAAGACGCUGGUUGGACUUAAAGGGUAGGAUCAAGCUAACACACCCUCUUCAACUGCCGCCUAGGCCAAAGUUGAGACUAGAACCUGGCCAAGAUGGAUUUAAUUUAACUCCAGUAACGAAUACCUUGGAGAAGAGGAGUGUCAAAUUUCGUUGCUUUAUUUACGACGUCACACAGCACCUUGCUUUCAAGCGCGCUUCAGCCAUCUUGGUUGUAAUCAAUUGUGGACUUUUGUUUUUCCCUUUUAAUGAGGCUGGUAUGGAUGAGACGAACGGUGUACGUGAGCGCUACAUGGUUCAAAUAACACUGGGCAUCAUAUUUACUCUGUUUUUCUGUGUCGAAUGUUUGCUCAAAAUCAUCGCACUCAGUAUCAAAGGUUACUGGCAGUCAAAACGUAAUCGCUUCGAUUUACUCGUCGCAACUCUAGGAUGCGCUUGGAUAGUUCUUCAUCUGUGUCUGAGAGGCACCCCGGAACGACACUGCAUCAGCAACAACUUCGGUUGGUUCGUGUUGAUGCUGCGUUUUUUGACGAUUGCUGGCCGACACGUUACGUUGAAAAUGCUGAUGCUGACCGUAAUUAUGUCGAUGUACAAAUCGUUGUUCAUCAUCACCAGCAUGUUUCUUCUGAUGCUCAUCUACGCUUUGGCUGGUGUGGUUCUGUUCGGAUCAGUUAAAUACGGAGACAACCUUGGCCGACACGCAAAUUUCCAAAACGCAUUCCGGGCUACCGCUCUGCUGACGCGGAUAGUAACUGGCGAGGACUGGAACAAAAUAAUGCACGAUUGCAUGAUCCAACCCCCAUUUUGCCGAAUGCGCACAAACUUUUGGGAGACCGAUUGCGGCAAUUUCCGUGCUGCUCUUAUCUACUUCUGUUCAUUCUACGUCAUAAUAACCUACGUUAUGUUGAACGUACUUGUCGCUAUUAUAAUGGAAAAUUUUUCGCUGUUCUAUUCCAACGAUGAAGACGCUAUAAUGAGCUACAAUGAUAUCAGGAAUUUUCAGCUCGCUUGGAACGUAAUUGAUGUGAACAGGAAGGGAAUGGUAAAAGCCUACUACGUCCGAUUCCUUCUUCGCCUCAUUCCUCGAGAACGAGUGGGUUUCGAUUUGUCCAGAAAAAAGGAUCAGCAGCUUUUUAAGGAGAUGUGUCACGAGGUUGAAAUGCUGCGCGGAGGUCGUGAUAAGGAAGUCAGUUUCCAUGACGUCCUAAUGGUGCUCGCAUACCGAACUGUCGAUAUCACGAAAACGUUACAACUGGAAGAAUUAAUUGCACGUGAAGAACUGGAAUACGCUAUCGAAGAGGAAGUAGCGCGGCAGACAAUCGCAGCAUGGAUUGAACGCUGUAUUUUUCGAAAUCGACAAAAACACGGUCAGCUCAAGUUUACUAUGCGUCCAGCUGCCGAACGUCAGGCAAGCCUAAGUUUGGACGAAGCCUAUUCACAUGAGUCCGCCAUCGACCGAUCCCAUUCCGUCGCUGCUCUUCAUCUGAAAAAGCGGAGUGCCAUGAGGUCCGUAAAACCGUUUAUUACAAUUCAACGAGAGAGUACCCGUGAUUUAGAACAGCCAACUGCAGCAAACAGCGAGCGUGCUCAAAUGAUAACUGCGCCUAUACUAACUCCAGCUGACAGUUCAACCGUUCCUUCAAAUUUACUCAAAAGGUAUUCUCGAAAAACAACUAGUAAAACUCAUACCGAGAGUCUAGCAUUAUUAGAGGCGGAGGAAGAAGGUGACGAUACUGAUUAUUCCAAAGAUGAACUUUUGGAACUUGACGACUCGCCUAAUCCAUCUGGUAUCUCAAAAUCAAUGAAUUUCCUUCCAACAUCCUCGAACAUAAGUCAUUCCCGUUCCAUCGAAAAUGUUAUGGAAAAUGUCAUAAAAAACUACUCACUUCCAUUUGAUGAUACGUGUAACAGCCAUAUGAAGCCGGUCAAGACACAAUUGUCCGAUGCAGCUGCGGUGUCUCUCUCAACUGCGAAAAACAUUGCACGCUUUUAUUCUGAUACCGAGGGCCUUGACGUUCCGAUUGACCACGGUUUUGAGACUGAUAUACAUUCGUCGAACAAUUCUGUGGGGCACAAACCGCCAGUACAUAAGGUUAAUAGGGCUAUUUCCGGAUUUCGUAGAGUAUCACCACUUCCGGAUGUUGCAGAGGAUCUUAAUGAAACUGGGGAGGCUAAAGAAUCCAACAGAUACUUCACCCCACCUGACAAAACGGUAAUGCGUGGUUCCGGUGCUUUUCACAGUAUCAACCCUGAUGGUUCAAGCGUGGUUAAACGGGAUGUAACCGAUAACGAAUACUGCAAUGCGUCAUCUUAUACGCAAAAAGCUAACCCUUUGGACAACGUGGUAUACGACAUUGGCACACCGGAUGACGUUCCGAAAUGCUUACCGUCCAUUUCGACAAGUCUCUCACCCGCAUCAGAUAACCGUUCCAUCAUUGAAUUGUGCGAAGAGGUCAAAACUUGGUGGCGCACUCAAUUAAAUUUCCCUUUCAUUUUCCCGCAUUCCCCAUACACCUACUCAACUUCUGUUUGCGCGCCUGACACUACACGCUAUCAGCUUGGCUAUGGCAGCGUGACUAAUCCGGCUUCGUCGUUAACCGUCCGUACAACAGUGAAGAUGGGUAUGCCUGGCAUUUCCACUACAGGUACAGAGCGACACUCAGGAGCAGCAGGUGCUAUCGUUCGCCGAAAUCAUACAGUGCGGAGCGGUAAUCUGAUUACUUCAAGUACCAAAGGUGAUGACUUUCUGAAUUCGCGCCACCCCAAGGUUGGCGAAUCCAGCGUUGGUUGGUUCCGAAGUACCGUGGCUUAGAUGUACCUACUAUGGUGUGCGCCGUUUUGUGGCAUUUAUUGAAGACAUUUCGGAUUCAACUCUGGCUUGUUGUGAGCUCUUUUUCGAUGGGCUGGAGUUCCGAUCUUUUUCUUCCAAUAAAACUGCGGAACGUGCUUAAACGUUCGGUACAGAUUUCGAAGGACUUUUCUUUGCCUACCCAGCUGCAUGCUAUCGUGUGCCACCAGUUUACUUUGAUUGGUAGUGUCUCAUUCGGGCGUACUUUUAUUUGCUUCCUCUACUUUCCGCUCUGUGACCAACGUGAGCGUGAAUACAAAUAGAGAGAAUUUCGAUAUUUUAUCGAUCACCACUUUCCACCAUAGUUAAAGGAUAGUUACUCCCGCACUUCAAAUUGGGGCGGACCAGACUACUUGCAAGCAUUCCUGCUAUCUUUACGACCAUUGCUUCAGUCUAAUAUGAUACUCUUUCUCGUGCAGAAUUAUCCUUUGCAGAACGAUAGCAGUUGCCAAUAUGGUGUUAGAAAGCGAUCUGCAAUUAUGUAACUUGUCGGACUGUCUCUCUAAGUCAUUUAAAACUUCUCCGUAAUGAGAUACGAGAAUUUAUGUAUUCAGCAUUUCGAGAUAUACUGUGGAUUCCAUAACCUAAUCAUGCUACUACGUGAUCAUUUUGUGUACUUUUCCUGGUCAUGCAUGUGUAUUCCUGCAUUUACACGUGACAGCUGUGUAACCAUCUGUCGGAACGAUACCAUAACAUUGCUCGCAUCAUUCUUGCUGGGCAGAAAAUUCUCUCCACAGUUGCUGUCUUUUUGUCCUUGUAUCCUGUAUCUUCGGGGAUAAACCUACCUGUUUGCAUGCUGCAAUAGCUGUUCUUUCAUCCAUUAUACGUGUCAUUAAAAUCGGACGAUUUCUUCGUGCAUUUAUUUUCACGGUUGCACCGGAUUCUGUCUCAUUAACCUGGGAAUGCGCAUAGAUCAGUUCCUGAAGAAAACGGAUGCGAUCAUGUCCUCAGUUUUCACAUAUGCUUAUCACGUGUGACAAAUUUAUCCUUUAGACUAAUGCUCAGGACAAAAUGUACCAUGUGCACUCUGUCCACCAAGCUUUAUUCAUAACACAACAUAUCCAUCUGUCGGUCUAGUUACACAUAUUUUCUUGUUGAAAAUAUCGACGCACGCGAAAUCUUUCAAUGCAUAUGAAUAAAUUAUAGGUACG